AUGGCCAGCCCUGCCUCGCACAAGCCCAGGCGCAAGGGCAAGACAAACGGCAUCGACGUUGAGGUCCGCCCACGCGUCGAGGCUCCCUCCAAGGCUCCUUUGUUCCCGCUGGCCGGGUUCCUCUGGCCGCUGCGCUCGGCAUCGUCGCAAUGGACCGUCCUCCCUCUUGUCCUCAUGGUUGCCGGACUGUUCCGCUGGGCUGCAGGACUCUGGGGCUACUCUGGCUUCGAGCGACCCCCAAUGUUCGGCGACUACGAGGCGCAGCGACACUGGAUGGAAAUCACCACGCAUCUUCCCAUCUCCCAGUGGUACUUUCACGACCUCGAGUGGUGGGGGCUCGACUACCCGCCCCUGACGGCCUACCAUAGCUGGCUUCUCGGCAAGAUUGGUGCAUUGUUCGACCCUGCGUGGUUUGCGCUCUUCACGUCGCGUGGAUCGCACGAUGCCAAUCUCAAAGUCUUUAUGCGCGCGUCCGUCAUUGUCUCCGAGUACCUCACCUACAUCCCCGCCGUUGUCGUCUUUGUCCGCCGCUUCAGCAGGCUGAGCGGCGUGCCGACAUGGGCCAGCAAUGUCGCCCUUGUCGCCAUCCUGAUGCAGCCUGGCACAAUUCUUGUUGACCACGUUCACUUUCAAUACAACACAGUCAUGCUGGGCCUCGUGCUCGCCAGCAUGUCGAGCCUCCUCGCCGAGCGAUAUAGAUGGGCCGCCGUCUUCUUUGUCGGCGCAUUGGGCUUCAAACAGAUGGCGCUCUACUACGCCUUUAGCGUCUUUGCAUACCUUCUCGGACGUUGCGUCAAGCCUAACAUUAGUAUCGGUCGGCUCAUUGGCAUUGCCCUGGUCACGCUCAUCUCGUUUGCUGUUCUGAUACUGCCCAUUAUCGCCGGCGCUCUUUAUGACGCCCAUCGUGGCAUUGACUCGCGACCCGAGCUCGGAGGACCUCCGCCACCGCUGCCGAUUCUUUCUUUCCUUUCCGAUCAUCUCGACAGCGAGGCUUUCUAUUACCCCGUGGUAGAGCAGCUUGUGCAAAUGGUGCACCGUGUUUUUCCAUUUGCUCGUGGUCUUUUUGAGGACAAAGUCGCCAACUUUUGGUGCGCUGCCAAUGUAGUCAUCAAGCUGCGCCAUUAUCCCAGCGACUUGCUGCAAAAGGCCUCCCUCGUGUUCACGCUGCUCGCCAUCAUCCCACCAAACCUGAUUCUCUUUAUCAAACCGCUCAAGGCUACCAUGCCCUUGGCCUUUGCCACUACCGCCUGGGGCUUCUUCCUGUUCAGCUACCAGGUUCAUGAGAAGAGUGUUCUCCUUCCUUUGAUGCCCAUGACGAUGCUCCUAGCGGGAAAGCAAGGCCUCAAUGGCAGCGUGCGCGCCUGGGUCGGCUUCGCCAACAUGCUCGGCGCGUGGACAAUGUUCCCUCUGCUGCAGCGUGUCGAUCUGACCGUCCCCUACGUGGUGCUUACCCUGCUUUGGGCAUAUCUCUUGGGCCUGCCCCCAGUUUCCUGGACAGCUCCACUGCAAGACACCCAUACCAAGCCUCUGGUGCAGUAUGCCACGAUGGCACUUCAUUCCGGAUUCUACGUGCUGAUGGUCGCCUGGCACAUUGCCCAGGCGUUCUUGCCGCCGCCGCCAAGCAAACCCGAUCUGUGGGUGGUGGCCAAUGUUGGCAUUGGUGCCGCGGGCUUCCUCGUUUGCUAUGUUUGGUGCUUCUGGAGACUUAUUGUCGAGAGCGACCUACUGCCAAGUUCCACAAAGACGAGCAAGGCUAAAAAGACGCAAUGA